CGCGGGCUGGGAGCAGCGACCUAGGCCCAGGCCCGGCGCUGCCCCCUGCCGCCGGGAUGAGGCCGGGGAAUUGUCUUUGAUCUAAUUAUGGUGAAAAAUGUUCAGGAAAGGGAAAAAACGACACAGCAGCAGCAGCUCACAAAGUAGUGAAAUCAGCACCAAGAGUAAGUCCGUAGACUCCAGUCUUGGUGGACUUUCCAGAUCUAGUACUGUUGCCAGUCUAGAUACAGACUCCACUAAAAGUUCAGGACAAAGCAACAGUAAUUCAGAUACCUGUGCAGAAUUUAGAGUUAAGUAUGUUGGUGCCAUUGAAAAACUGAAACUUGAGGAGAGCAAAAAUCUGGAAGGGCCCCUGGACUUGAUAAAUUACAUAGAUGUUGCACAGCAAGAUGGAAAGUUACCUUUUGUUCCCAGUGAAGAGGAAUUUAUUAUGGGAGUUUCCAAAUAUGGUAUUAAAGUCUCAACAUCAGAUCAGUAUGAUGUGUUACAUAGACAUGCUCUGUAUUUAAUUGUGAGGAUGGUCUGCUAUGAUGAUGGUCUUGGAGCAGGCAAGAGUUUAUUGGCUUUGAAGACAACAGAUGCAAGUUAUGAAGAAUUCAGUCUCUGGUUAUACCAGUGUAAUAGUCUGGAACAAGCACAAGCCCUCUGCAAGGUAUUGUCAACAGCCUUUGACUCUGUUUUAACAUCAGAGAAGUCUUGAAUUUCUUCAGCUCUGUCAUAUGGGAUGGUUCAAGAAUGCUUUGUACUGAGGAGAAGGGCAGCCCCCUUUUGUGACAAAACCGACUAAAUCAAGCUUUUCAGAAUGGAACAGGUGUGAACUCUCUCACUGCUUGGACAGGAUCAUUAACACUGCACCAAGGAGAACCACACAAUUUUGUAUAUAUAAAAGUUUCUUAUGUUGGUCUGCAGCCAUUAGAAAAUGACAGCUCAAGUCUGACUUACCUAAAGAAGUCAUUUCAGGGUUCAGACGUCAUCUUCCAGCUCAUAAAUUUAUGAAUAAUGCUGGCUUUUUUUUCUAAUUGUGAAGCUUGUACCACAAAUAGUAUUUUGUACAGGAAUGUAAAAUAAAAGUUUGACAUUGUCUUCUAACUGCUGCAUGCAAAA